AAUAAAAGGUUACAAGUUACAUUUGCACAGCUGCAAUUACAGUACCAGCUGUAGAACACUCAAAUCGAAUCGAUCAUACACAUCUCUAAGCUAACAAGAAUGGAAUCUACCAAAGCUUGUUAUUGCUUUUAGCCCUUUUCAUCUAUAAUCAUGUUUUGGUUGGUUGGUUGGUUUGUUGGAGAGUUAAAAGGAAAAGGGAAAGAAGCUGAUUGAGCAAGCUUCCUUUUUUCAUUUUUUUGCAACAAUGAGUGUUUCUUUGACUGUCAUGACCUUUAAUCUUCUUGAAGAUCAGCCUGAAGAUAGCCCUAAUUCUUGGGAAAAGAGGAGAGAUUUAUGUAUAAGUGUUAUCACUAGUUAUUCCCCUGUGAUUCUUUGUACCCAACAAGGUGUGAAAUCGCAAUUGGAUUAUCUUCAACAGGGCUUGCCAGGUUAUGAUCAAUUUGGAAUAUCAAGAAAAGGAUCUGAAGACACUUCAGAUGAACACUGCACAAUCUUCUAUGACAAGGAGAAGGUAGAGCUGCUAGAAGGUGGAACAUUUUGGUUAUCAGAUUCACCCUCUGUCCCUGGAAGCAUGUCAUGGGGUGCAGAAGUUCCAUGUAUUGCAACAUGGGCUACAUUCCAAUUAAAAGGAGUUGAGCCGCCAGGCUUUUCAUUUCAGAUAGUGAAUACAAAUAUGGAUGAAUUCAGUCCUCGGGCCCGUAGAAGAAGUGCUUUACUCACAUGGCAACACAUUGCAUCCUUACCUCCAAGUUUGCCAGUUGUGUAUUGUGGAGGAUUUAACACGCAAAAGGAAUCAACUACAGGACGUUUUCUUCUUGGGAGAUCGAGAGAGCACGGUGUGGUGGGUGACAUGAGGGACGUGUGGCCCAAUGCCCGAUUGAGGAAAAAUGCUUCCCUCAUUCACACUUAUCAUGGAUUCAAAGGUGACAAGCAAGGAGCUCUUGAAUUCCUCAAGUUGAUCUUGAGAGCACUCUGCCUCUGCUGGGACCGCCAAACUCAGGAUUUACACGUAGAUUGGAUUCUUUUUAGAGGUAGAUCUCUGAUUCCUGGUAUGUGUGAAGUGGUGAAUGAUAAUAUUGACGGUUAUUAUCCUUCCUCACACUAUCCAAUAUUUGCCGAGUUUAUGCUUCCUCGCACUGUGAGAAUGCUUGAACUGCCCCCAAGUCAAGAAGAUAACUAAACUAAAUUUACUCCUGAUUUGGGGCUGACCCAUUUGCCUCUUCUUCCUGUCUGUUCUUUAGUAUUCAAACAGUUAAGAUCAUUCAUUGAUUGUUGCGAGUAUUUAGGCAGCUAUUUCAAGCACAAUGUUUGAUCUGUCUAUCGAACAAUUUUCAAGUGAAUGUGUUUUGGUUCUGCUUGUAAUCUAUAGCUGUGUAAUCUUAUCUGCCUACUUCCCCUUGAGAAAUUAUGGAGGGGAAGAUAAGUUAUUUAUGAAGUUUUAUUGCAUGGCAACAUUAAAUUUGAGUUGGCU